CUCCAAAGAAAAAGAGAAAAGUUUGAAGAAAACCUGCAGAAAAAUAGCAAAAUUCAACAAUAUAUGGAAAUAUUUUCUUAUAAAUUGCAUAUAUAAUUAAGGAACUAUAGACAACGGUUCUUAAUAAUAACAAGUAUAGAAUAUAUACCACUUUUUAGUGGGAAAACAAGGUACAAUUUGAUAGUACUAAAUUUUGAAAAUUAUCAAACAUGGCUGACACACAAGUGCUCAAUAAUGAACUGAACAGCAGUCAGCAGGGAAGUGUCAAAGGAUCCAAACCACAAACUCCUGCAAAUAUGGAAAUGAACUUAAAUCCCAAAGAACAGGAUUUUAUCAAUGCCAAGUCAUACCUUCUCACAGCAAGCACAAAAACUGGAUUGAAUUUAUUUGACCAUCUUAGUCGUGUUUUAACAAAAGUAUUAGAUGAGCGACCUGAGAACAGCAUAGACAUAUUUGAAGAUCUGAGUAAAGAACAGAAGAAAGAAAAGUUUACAUCUGAUGUAGACACAGUACAAGACAAAUUAGACCAAACAACAGAAGUAGCUUUAGCAAAAAUACAGACUAAAUUAUUUUCUGAUGCGAUUGAAUCAUCAAAAGGAGAUGGUGAAGAGGAGGGCGCAGAAGAAGAAGAUGUUGAAACUCCACUACCAAACAUCAUGGAGCUUGCCUUUUUCUUUGAACAAGCUGGAGUUGGCCUCAGCAGAGAGGAAAGUGUUAGAAUAUGGCUAGCACUGAAAAACCUAGUUGACAACCAUCCAUUACAACAUGUGAGGUUCUGGGGUAAAAUAUUUGGUACAGAACAGAACUAUAUUGUUGCUGAGGUGGAAUACCGCGAAGGCGAAGAAGAGGAGGAGGAAGAAGAAGAGGCUGAAGAAGGCCAAGAGGAAGAGACUGAGAAAGAUAAUGAUGAUGAAGAGGAUGAAGAGGCAGAAGAAGAUGACACACCAAAGCCAGACUUUAAACCUCCAGCUGUCAUCCCUAAGGAAGAAAACAGAACUGGAUCAAACAAGAAAACAUACUUUGUCUGUAAUGAUCCUGGUAAACCAUGGAUAAAACUACCACCAGUUACACCUGCACAAAUAGACAUUGCAAGAAAAAUGAAGAAAUUUUUCACUGGGCGUCUUGAUGCCCCUGUUGUCUGUUACCCACCUUUCCCUGGUAAUGAAUCCAACUACCUACGUGCCCAGAUUUCCAGGAUCAGUGCAGGAACUCACAUUUCUCCUUUGGGAUUCUAUCAGUUUGAUGAGGAAGAGGAAGAAGAAGAGGAGGGUGAAGGUCGUGACACCUUUGUUGAGAACCUUGACUUUGAGGGUAUCCCAGUGCGAGAUUUAGUCGACCCCUCCCUACAGAACUGGGUGCACCAUGUGCAACACAUCCUUCCCCAGGGAAGAACCACCUGGUGGAAUCCUGUCCAGAAAAAUGAGGAUGAUUUUGAAGAUGAGGAAGAAGAUGAGGAGCGUGAAGAGCCAGAUGAGCCAGAACCUGAGGUUGGACCCCCACUCCUUACCCCCCUUUCAGAGGAUGCUGAGGUGGAGAACCUACCACCCUGGACAGCUAAGCUCUCAUCUAAUCUGGUGCAACAAUAUGCAAUUGCAGUGAUGCAUUCCAACCUUUGGCCAGGAGCUCAUGCCUUUGCCAAUGACAAGAAAUUUGAGAAUGUGUAUGUUGGCUGGGGUCACAAAUAUGCAGCUGAUAACUACAGUCCCCCUCCACCCCCAGGCGUACAAGAGGAGUUCCCCAGUGGGCCAGAGAUCACAGAAACAGAGGACCCAACCCCAGAAGAGGAGGCAGCUCUACGUGCUGCACAACAAGAAGCCGCAGAACAAGCUGAGGACAUGGAAGAUCUUGAGGAUGAAGAUGAUGAGGAUGAUUAGACAUUGGACUUUAAUAUAAGGGAGGGGAAGGAAUGAACAUUAAUGCCAAAGACAAUCCUGGAACCACAUACUUAUACAUUCUGUGAUGGAUAUCUACAGUCAGUCUUUCAAUCAAACAUUUUUGAACUUGAGAAGCAAACAAGGGCCCUAGAGUUAAUUUUAUUUGGCAAAUAUCUCAUUUUGAACUAGAUUAAACGUUUGUGAAAAGUGUCCUCAUGAACAAUGUAAAUAAUUGGGUCAUUCUGUAAAUAUUUCAUCAGUGCUCAUAACUCUUAGAAUGAGUGAAUAAUUCAUAACUUCUUGUAUAUACAGUAUAAUAAAAGUUAUGCCUAUCAACUAUA